AAAUAGAUAUUGGUUGGUAAUCCGAGGUUUCGGUAAUCGGUUCUGUGUUUCUGUUGUACAAGGUGUUACGAUACAGGGUGGGCCCAUGAUCAGAACCACGGACGUUGCGGCCAUGUCGGCGGCCUGUGCCAAGCGAAGAAAAAAAAAGAGAAGGAAACAGAGAAGACUUGCUACGGGUAACACGGAGGACGAAGAGGAAGGAGAGUACAGCUCCGAGUGUGAUACCGGUCUACCGUCUUCCCGGCUGUCUUGGACAGCGUGUUCAACUUCGACUACGAAUACGACAACAAUUAGCAACCGGCCGUUGAAUCCCGAAUGCCAGGAGUUCCAGUUGCGACAAGUCGUUGAACUUAAUACCUCGCUACCCGCUAUUUCAACCUCCUUCAACGAUACGCCCACGUCCGAGAUGAGCUCGACGAUAAAUCAACCGAGCGCGUUAUCGACGUCGGACACCACCUCCGUCGAUAACGAUUCAAACGAGGUAUGCAACGGUGUCGUAUCCGACGAUUCGAAGAAUCAAAACGAUAAAUCGAUCGAGAACAGCAAGUCUGAUCAUCAAUUAGAAACGAUUUUAUUAGAAAACGGUCAAUCGAAAUCGCUAGGCGCGAUCACCAAUUCGGUUAACGAAUCGACGAAUAGACUGACGAACUGCCUCCUCGAGAAUAAGGAGGAAGCAGCUCUUUUGACGAACGAGGUCGCCGGCGAGGCGACCGAGAUCGAGAAACUGCCAAGCACUAGCAAAACAGCAAAUAAUGAAUCAUCGAGUGCCAACGAGAUAAGCGAACGGUCGACGAGCAACGAAACGAAUGGGGAGAUCCCCCUGGUGAAUGGGCAACUGGGCUCGAGUAGUAGUAGUAGUAGUAGUAGUAGUAACAAGAGCACGUCGUUGGCCACGAAUUCGAGGCCGUUGUCACCAAACGCGUUAAACGACGAAAAAACAAGAUCGAGAUCAAGAUCGAUCACGCCCAAGAGCGUGGAGAAUACUGUAUUACCGAUUAGCGAGGAUCGGAAUCACGAAUCAUGUUUAUCGAACAUUGGUAAAUCAUCGUCAUCGACCAAUCUGUCGGAACGAAAGUAUGCGAAGGGCGCGAAAUUCGUGAGAGAAGCAACGCCUGGCCCCGAUCUGAGCAACACGGCCGAGUUGGAAAAUGAAACGAAAAUACACGAAUUGGCGGAGAAUAUGGAGAAGAUAGAUUCGAAGGUAGAUCCUUGCGGUGAUAACGUCGGGGGGGAUGAUGAGUAUCGAGUAUCGAGUAAAUUUGAUGAAAUGAAAAUGGUACGCGAUCGUUUGAGCAAAGAAGAAGCGAUUGAAGCAACGAACGAGGAUUCUGGUUUCGAGAGUCAGACGCAAUUAUCCGAUUAUCCCAUCAUGAAGGCGGUAACGGAGUGGUUACGAAGGGAAAAGUCGCCUGAUUUGUUCAUCACAUCGGCCAUCUCGAUGGAUUGUGAGGAGGACGAGGAUGACGCGGUGGGCGAAGAGCCGCCAAAAAACUUGCAAGGCAACCCCAUGCCUGCACUAUCUGUUAAUAGCGGUGCGGACAAUGCGGCAUUGUCGCGCGCAGCUAGCUGCGGGGAAUUCGCAGGAAUCAGCAACAUGAAGGGUGGACAGGAACAACAGCAGCCGGAAGUAAGUGGUAACAGUGGAGUUUCGAGAAGAAGGAAAGAUGCGAAAAGAAGAUCGGAGGCACGGAGGCGGGUGGCCAGACACGUGUUGGACGGUAAGAUAGUAGAUCACGAGGCGGUGUCCUCGUCGGAUUCUUGUGGCCAACAGGAAGAGCUGGUGAAUAUUACGAGAAAGAAAAAUCUGGCUAAGCAACAGCAAGAUGUUGUUGGUGAAAUUUGCGAAUUUACUGAGACGGAUAGCGUUGCGGGUAUGAGGGUUGCUUUAAACUCUCGGAUGGACUCGAAGAGAGUCAAUGCAAGGCGAACGAAAAGACAGGGGAGAUCGCACGCGCGGAAUCCCUCCCGGAUUAAUAUCGACACAAAGAUUCAAUGUAUCGAGGAUGUGGACGAUGAGAACGAUGAAGGGAUCGCGAACGAUGAGGAUACGAUGAAUGUAAGGACGUUCGAGAAAGGUGAGAUCGUGGUCACAGAGGACGGAAAAUUAUUGACGUCUUCCACAUACGAUCCGAAUUUACGUAAUCAUCAUGAUCCUCCUACAGUGAUUAAAUUGACUCUUGGCAAAAGUGAACCGGUUAAAGAGGAGAAGACUAUAGACUAUGAAAAAUUAGGAAAGACGAGGGGGGAAGAAUUGAAAGGAAGUAGCAGCAGCAUCGAGGAUGAAGAGACUGGUAGUAGAAUAGGUUCCUUAGAUAGCAUAGAAGAACCUGAUGUGCUAGAAUGUUGGGAAGCUGAAAUCAUUGAGCCUGUGAUAACUCCAAAAAGAAUAUUACAAAGUGAAGGAAUACAAUGCGACGGAGAAGCUGCAGAGGAUGAUAAUAUCGAGAUCGAACAGGUAAAUUUGGACUACGUGCAGAAAUAUUAUAGAUUGGCACGCGAAAGCGCCAGCAUUGAGGGAAUUAGUUUAAAAGAAGAAUCACCAUCAUCGUCAAAAUCAGUGCCAAAUAGAGAGAAUGAGGAAAAGAAUGAGAUUCAAACGCAGAAAAUGUUCGCCGAAGAUAAAAGUAAUAUCCCUAUUGACGAAGCUUUUGAGGUAUAUGAAAGCUGUUACACCGGAAACUCUCCGUUUCUGGCGAUUGAUUCGAAUGUUUUUAAAUCACGAACGUUAUACGGCCAGGAAGCCGAGACCCCAAUACCAUGCAAGGCGGUUUGUUGCCGAAUUCAAUGAUUUUAUGAGUAUUUUUAUUGAGCGCCUCCAGAUUACAAGCGUACACCUCCACAGGGACGUUUUUCAAGUACUGAUGUCAAGGCCGUCCUUUUCUAAAUAACCAUAAGCCUCUGACGUUCUGUACUCUCUUUGCCGAUUUAUAUACAUUAUAUAUAUAUAUAUAUAUACAUAUAUCGUGUACACAUUCUACGAACACGUGCAUUCAUCCUGCUAUCAUUACGUUCUCAUUAUUCUUAUUAUUAUUAUCAUUAUUAUUAUUAUUAUUAUUAUUAUUAUUAUUAUUAUUAUUAUUGUUG